AUGGACAGUGUUCCUGAAACCUCUUACUUUGACCCAGUGAGUGUCCCCUCUCUGCACUCACUCAGCUUAGCUUAACCAUGUUGCAAGUGAACCCCUUCCCUACCACCAUCGUACAGUAGCUCCUCUGUAAUUCAGCAUCCGUUGUAAGAUAAGAGAGGAAUAAGACUUGUAAAUGAGUAAAUUAGCUGUUUUUCCUUUUCCUGACCUCCAAUCUCUCCCGGGAGUUGUUCACUGAUGGCUCUCCCAACAAAGAGUAGAGAAUUAAGGAACUCGAGCUGCUCCUUAUGGCAGCCAAGAGUGAAGUCAGGAGACGGGCAGCUUCAUGUGUAAGACAGAACCCUUGUAUGCGUAGUCAAUAGUGUAGUACGCUCUAGAACACAGCCCCACCACCCUCCCCAUCCUCCAUCUCACUCACCUCCGGUUAGCUGCCCCUCCUAGCUGCUACCAUCCCUCCCUGCUUCAUACUGUAGCAUCUAGCAGUGAGUCAUCAUUAACAGCUUCUCAUAGUAGCAGUGGCUGUUCAUCUGUUUCUGCUCUUGCCAACUCCAUUGUUGUCAUUAUCAAACCAAACAUAAUCUUGGUUAACCUAGAGGUAAAAUCAUGUGUAAUUUGGUCAGCUGCGUGAUGAACUUCUGUGUUAGAAAUUGACCGUUCCGGCAAAAACUAAGUCACCACCCGCACAAAAUGAAACUCUCAGCCAAAGCCCCCCCCCCCCCCCUUCCCAUCCAUGUGGGCACACGCACUAAGCACUCGAGGCGAAGCAGUUCAAGCACCGCCUUCGCCCAAUCCUGAUAAUCCCAUUCAGUCCUGGCAGAUUCUUUCGGUCUACACGCAGAAUCUACCCACGGGAGAUUAAGCCAAACAUGACAAUUGGCAUGACAGUUGCAUGAGGAGUUGGCAGGGCAGAAUCAGACUGGCACCCUGGCUAGCUGUUCAAAACACCUGUGAGGCCUCUUUGGAUAGAAGUGGACCUCUAAUGAAAAUCAUGUAGAUUUUCACUACUGUGCAAAAAUGCACAGUUCAUGUUAAAGUUUUGGAAUGAAACUGAGGCUCCUGCUCAUGUCCACCCUUAGUCUCAUUACAUUUAUAUUGGUAAAUGUACGUCUCGUGGUUAGGGCCAAGAGUUUUUCCCUGGCAGAUUAUUUAAUCUGGGAAACUCCUGGCCCUCACAUCCCUACUCAUCUCUGGUUCUGACCUUCCCCUAGCUCUGGUCCAGGGCAUUACGUACGGCUUGCUUACGCUGAGCCUUCAGCAUCAGCAAGCUGCAUGUAACACCCUGGACCAGAGCUAACCUUUCCCUGACCUCUCGCUUCCUCCCGCUUCAUAGCACUCAGUGUCACUACUCCAGCUGCUCCAGCAGUCUGACAGACGACUGCCUGACCAACACGACCCUGAGCAGCUUGGGACACCAAAGUAUGGAGGGCCAUGGCUCGGCUGUCUACAUCCCAGCAGGAUCCUGACCGUGGAGACCAGCGCUGUCCUCCACUCCCUACAAACCAUCCCCGAGUUUGCAGAGAUCCUGAAGCUCAUAGACUCAGUCAGUGUUCCUCUAGUCUUCCUGUUCGUGACAUUUCUGCUCUUUGUCCUCCUGUCUCUUUGUCGUGUUGAUUGUAAAACUGUAAAACUAUGGGCCCUGGUAAAAGUAGUACACUGUAUAUGGAAUAGGGUGCCAUUUGGGACUCAGACAGACCACUGGCUCAGUUUCUUCCUCCAAGGAACUGUGUCAUGAUUGAGUUUAUUGAACAUACACUGUUAGGUUGUAUAAUUCUGGUUAACAAUCAAAUACAGUUAGUGAUAGUCAUUGUGUUAUAAUCACGUUUAUGUCAUUAAUAUCCCAUUGUGUCUGGUCUGACCCUGUAGGACCCAGUGGCUUGGAGCGAGUUUACCAGUUUCAGCCUGAAGGAAAUGACCUCACCCCUGAAACAGGAAGUGAUGGCGUCUGUGUCCCAGGUGGCGAUGCCAGAAGGAGCUAGCUACCAUUUUGAUGACUCAGCCAUAAUUGACCUGAGUAAGAGCUACACUGAGCUGAUGCCUGCCUCUUCACCCACCUUGACCAUGCUGAGCACACCUCCCUUCAUCCUGAAGAGGAGGAGGAGGAGGGAGAGGGGGGAGCAGUCCCCUGCCAGUGAGUGUCACAGCACCUCCUUUUUGGACAACAGCGCCUCCUCACCUAGGCUCACUCCUGUCAAAGCACUGCCAUUCUCUCCCUCCCAGGUAGGAUUUCCUGUUCAAAUCAUGUCUAAUCUAAUACCAUCAAGUCAUUAUGCAAACCACUGAUCUAUGAUAUUAAAGUGUGUUUGUGAAAUACAGCAGAGUACGUUUGUGAUAUAUGAUAUAAUAAUAAUAUAAUAAUAAUAAUAAUAUUAUAUUAUUAUUAUUAUAUUAUUUAUUAUAUAAGUACAUGGUGCAAAAACUAUAAAUCCCUAUUUACUUGAUGGUUAUGUCUGUUUCUCUCUGUAGUUUUUCAACGUGUCUGAAGUUGAGGAUUUGACUCUAGACAACCCGGCUCUGACGUCCACCCCAGCGCGUGGUCACAAACGUGCCAACACCACCCCCCUCCACAAGGACUUAACACACAAGCAUCGGAAAGAGAAUGCUGGGUAAGUAUGUUUUCUAGGGCAGUUCUGUGUUGAUAUUUCAUUACAUCCAGAAGUUCUCAUAUACACCAUACAUGUACUGUCGGUGUUACAAAUGUUCAGGACCCCCAAGGCUGGUAAAGCCGUCAUGCUUCCCAUGCCACUAACUCCAACGCCCUUCAAGAUUGCCACGGCCACCCAAGAAAAGAUGCAGGGCCAGUUGAAAAUGAUGGUAUGUUUAUUAUAACACAUUAAUGACACCUUUUAAUGUCUUCAGUCUGUUUGGUGUAUUGUGUUCAGUGUGUGAGGGGAUGCUGUACUCUGCAACUGUACCUGAGUGUCUGUGUGGGCCCUUGCCCAUGCUUCUGUGUGUGUGUGUGUGUUCUGUUAGAUGCAGCAGCCCCAGUCCCUGGCCUACCUGGAGGAAGAGGUGCUGAGAGGAGAAUAAGGUGGAUAUAUUAAUUCAUGGAGAGACACAGGCUAGCUUCUGCUCCUCCUGGAAACAUGAGGUAUCCUAACCCCAUAAUCAUCCAUAGAGAUUUGUAUCCAGUAAUUAUGAAGUAAUUCAAUUCAAAUAACUUUAUUUGUCCCCUUAGGGGAAUUAUGUCAGGGUUAUAGCUGUGCUUCAGACACAUUCAACAAACAAAAAACAAGCACUAGAGACUAAAUAGAACAUGAGAGGUAAUGACUUCAAAGUGCUGUCCAAUAAAUAUGAGUAUAAAACAUAGAUGGAAUUAAAUCAAUGUUACAGUCCUAUCCAUUCCAUGUUUUAUAACCCAGGUUGACGCAUCAUCCAGGAGAGUUAGGAAAUCCCUGGCUGUGGAACCCUGGAGUAAGGACUGCCAGAGUGCUCAACUCUACUCCCAAGAACACCUCAAUGUGAGAGGAGAGGAUCAGUGAGAAGAUCAUUCAGUAUUCAAGUUAACAUCAGAAACACUGAAAAUGAGACUCAUACAGACUGUUGUAGAUGAGGGUGGCAAACUAGUGUGAGAGGUGAAGUACAUGGAAACACAGGAGAGGAUUGAAGAAUGAAACAGUACUGUAAAACAGGUCUCUCUCUCAGAUCCAUGGGGAGAGCCUGAUGACCAAUGCCCCCCUGAGGUCAUCAAUGCUGGGCUGUGAGGAGCUGGUAACACUCCCUAUCCCCCAUAGCAGGACCAGGGAGAGAGGAGCCAUGAUGUUACCUGCCCCACAACACCGUCGCCAUCAGGAGAGAUGGCAACCCCGAUCUGAUCCGGAUCCCUCCUCUACACCCAGACGCUGCAUACAGCCAAUCAGAGGUGAGUCAAGAGAGACGUCUGAGAAUAUCAGGAAAUCCCCAAGUCAUUGAACUCCCUAGUAUUUUUAAGAAGGAAACAUCACAGUUGAAUUUAAAUGAAAUGUCAGAGAUUUGUACGAUGAGCAUAAUAUCACAGGUGCAACAGUUGCUUUUUUUCCUCACUCACAGUAGCAACCAGCUCAUAUAAAUGGAAUUUAUCCAGCAUUGUUUGCUUUCUGAAAGACACUGAACUUUAUUCUAAGUUCCUGUGUUUCUCAUGAGUGUUUGACUGCUUGUUGACUGGGUUGUAUUUAUUAGUGCACAUCGUAGCAAAACAUUUAGCAACGGAAAACAAAAACAAGUGUUUCUUAUUGGACAAAUGUGUUGUCGUUUCAGGUGAGCUGUGAGUGGGAGGCUGUGGCAUUUGGAAAGACUGAUGACCAGAUGAUCGUAGCUGAGCAGGCCAGACAGUUCCUUAGCUCCCAGACACCUGGCUGUGCCUCCAGAACCUUGGUGCUCUGACAGGACCUAGCUCCCAGACACCUGGCUGUGCCUCCAGAACCUUGGUGCUCUGACAGGACCUAGCUCCCAGACACCUGGCUGUGCCUCCAGAACCGUGGUGCUCUGACAGGACCUAGCUCCCAGACACCUGGCUGUGCCUCCAGAACCGUGGUGCUCUGA